UACAUCCAUCCUACGCUAACAGAAGAGAAACAUAACAAAGUAGCCUUUGAACACAUGCCACACACGAGCAUUGUGUUCGACUGAAACAAAUUGCAAGCUUAUAUCUAAGAUGAAUUGUAUUCUUGCGAAUCUUUUUCUGGCUUGAAUAAUGAUGAAUGCACAUAACUAUCGCUAUCUUUCAUGAGCAUUGUCCUGCAUGUGAAGGUGAAGGUGCAUACUUUUCCUAGCCUUCUACUAGAAACUCACUAUUCCCGCCGCCAAAAGAUGUCUCAGCAGAGUGCACAUGGCAGGUGGACUGUUUCCAGUAGUGAUGAUGACGAUGAUGUACCUCCCCACUCAAGCAACAUCAAGACAGAAAGAGUGGAAACGUCUGAACAAGACACAAUAAAGACUGAACCUGUGACAAGGAAGAUUGCUUGUGUCUUCCAGUCAAACACAGACACGCCUGAUGUCAAAUCUGAACCGUCCUUGGCGGUGAAGAAGGAACCGAAACCCUCAGCCCUGGUCAUGGGCUCGGAGGCUCGGCAGACUGCUCAAGCCAACCAGCAGCAGCCGGUGAAGUACGAGAACAACAACCUCUCGCCUGCCGUCAAGAGGAAGAGGGAGACGGAGGAGGCUGGCUGGGCCUUGUCAAGCAGCGAUGACGACAAUGACAACAACCCCAAGGACAGGGUCAUCCCGUCUGGACAGAAGAUACAGCCCAAAACACAGUCCAGCCCCAAACGGGUGAAGAAGGAGGUCGCUAGGCCUCCCAGCCCCCACGGUCGUACGUACUACAUCGACGAGCCUGCGGACUACUUCGAGACCAGCAUCAAUGAGGAGGCGGAGACGUACCGCUUCUAUCUGAACAAAGUGGUGGGGCUGGACAAGAAGUACAACACUGGAGCCAUCCACAUCAGAGAAAUUCUCUCCCCCAUGUUUGGAACUCUUAAAGAAUCUGUGCAGUUCAACUACUGCUUUGAUAUCCCCUGGAUGGUGGAACAGUACCCUCCGGAAUUCAGGGAUAAGCCCGUCUUGAUUGUUCAUGGCGAGAAGCGCGAGUCCAAAGCCCGUUUAAUCCAGCAGGCACAGCCGUAUGCCCACGUCCGCUUCUGCCAGGUUGGUACUAUUAACCAAUCACAGCCGUAUGCCCACGUCCGCUUCUGCCAGGCUAAACUGGAUAUUGCCUUUGGCACACACCACACGAAGAUGAUGCUGCUCUGGUAUGUGGAAGGCUUCCGGGUAGUCAUCCUGACCUCUAACAUGAUCCGAGCCGACUGGUACCAGAAGACUCAGGGGAUGUGGAUAAGCCCUCUGUACCCCGUCUUGCCCGAGGGAAGGCCCGAGACUGCAGGGGAGUCCCCGACGUUCUUCAAGAGGGACUUGAUUGAGUAUCUGCAGGCCUACAGGGCCCCGGAGCUGAGCGAGUGGAUCCAACGCAUCAGAGAACAUGACCUCUCAGACACCAGUGUAUACCUGAUUGGCUCAACCCCUGGGCGUUAUGUGGGAGCUGAUAUGGAGAAGUGGGGCCACCUCCGCCUUAGGAAGCUGUUGCGUGAGCACACAAAGCCAGUGCCUAACGAGGAGGCCUGGCCCGUGAUUGGCCAGUUCUCCAGCAUCGGCUCCAUGGGAUUGGACAAGACCAAGUGGCUAGCCGCAGAGUUCCAGCGCACGUUAACUACACUCGGCAAAGGAGGGAAAUCAGUCGGUCCAGAACCACAAAUGCUACUGGUGUACCCCUCAGUGGACAACGUGAGGACAAGUCUAGAGGGAUACCCAGCUGGAGGCUCCCUGCCCUACAGCAUCCAAACAGCCCAACGGCAGCUUUGGCUUCACUCCUACUUCCAGUUAAGUGUGUGUGUGUGUGUGUGUGUGUGUGUGUGUGUCAGUCGCUGGGGGGCAGAGACAACAGGGCGAAGUCAUGCGAUGCCCCACAUCAAGACCUACAUGAGGGUAUCCCCAGACUUCACACAGCUCGCCUGGUUCCUCGUCACAAGUUCCAACCUGUCCAAAGCAGCCUGGGGCGGCCUGGAGAAGAACAACACGCAGGUGAUGGUGCGCUCCUAUGAGCUAGGAGUGCUCUUCCUGCCCUCCGCCUUCAACUUGAGCACGUUCCGCGUGCAGAAGAACGUGUUCCCAGCUGAUGAAGGUUCCUCGGGGUUCCCAGUGCCUUUUGACCUGCCACCCCAACGUUACUCCAGCAAAGAUCAGCCUUGGAUCUGGAACAUUCCGUACACCCAAUCUCCAGACACCCACGGCAACGUAUGGGUUCCGUCCUGAAGUAGCCCUGCCAUGGUAGUGCCCCCUGUGGCUGGAGGACGACACUGCAGCGUCCAGAGACACAGAGGGACGUCUGUCAGACUCUGCUGUCAGUCAGCUGAUCCUGUCUAUCUGUGCAACAGGCGUUAAAUCCUCACUGGUGACUCUCUAUGAAAGUACAAGAAUCUGUCGGACAAAUAAAGUGAAGAGUUGGUGAUUAAUGUAGUUAUGCAAUUAAUAGAAGAAUCGUUAGGAAGUAUCACAUGUCUGUCUCAAAAGUUUGUUAUCCUUUUUCCAUGUUGCCACUAAUAAACCUUGUUUGUAACA